GUUGUCGGUGUUGUUACUUGAGACAAACUGGCUGGAAUAUUUGACAGAGAGCUCUCCUAAGACCUCCCAGAGCUUCAACAUGGAUGAUCAUCAGGAUUCUGGUGAUACAAUAAAAGAAAGUUUAAAAAUAUAUGAGCAAUUGCAAGAUGCCCCUCUCCCAUCUGGAAGUCCUGAGGUGUUACAUCUGGAUCCAAAUGUGUCUGCUAAAGAAAAUUCCCUUAAAGUAGAAAAAGGCGAUUCCAUACAGUGUGGUUCUAUGGUGCGUCCAUAUGCCUCAUCCGAGUCCUCAGAUUCUGAAGUUCCUGGUCUUGGUGAAGUGAAAGAUAUAUUUGAUGCCUUGUCAGUGAGCGAUGAUGAGGCUAUUGGAUGCCCUUUACCAAGUACUCCAGAAGACGAAAGUGCCUUUGUAUCAGAAAUCACAGAAACUCUUAAAGCAGGAGUGUUGGCAGAUGAAAUAGAUUUAACCUCUCUAGCCCAGAAUCCAACACAAGAGACUGAAAAGUUUGUUCUGAAAGUUUGUGAUUCAUGGAGAUUGUGUUGCUACAAUAGCUUGCCUGCAUGGAUGCAAGACAAUGAUUUUGUGAUUGGUGGAUACAGACCACCUACGCCAAGCUUUUAUGCUUGCUUCAAAAGCAUAUUUAAGUUGCACACUGAGACAGCCAACAUCUGGACUCAUUUAUUAGCAUGUAUUGCCUUUAUUGCUAUGGCAAUACAUUUUUUGAGUCAAACAUCAGAAGUAUUGGAGCUGCCAGAAAAGGUGGUUUUUUCCACUUUUUUCCUGGGUGCAAUUCUUUGCUUUGGUUUGUCUUCUGCAUACCACAUCCUGCAUUGCCAUUCUGAAUGUAUUGGGAGACUAUUCAGCAAACUAGAUUACUGCGGAAUAGCUUUGCUGAUUAUAGGAUCAUUUGUACCAUGGUUGUACUAUAGUUUUUAUUGUCAAUUUCAUCUCACAGUGAUCUACUUGAGUAUUGUGGUAAUUUUUGGAAUUACAUCAAUUGUAGUAUCCCUGUGGGAAAAGUUCAGUGAGCCAAGAUUCAGACCCUUACGAGCUGGAUUGUUUUUAGCUUUUGGGUUAAGUGGUCUGAUACCAGCGGUGCAUUAUGCCAUAAAAGAAGGGUGGAUGAAUGCUGUUUCACAUGCCUCUUUGCAUUGGCUAUUCAUCAUGGGAGGGUUAUACGUUGUCGGUGCCCUGAUUUACGCAUGGCGUGUACCUGAACGAUUUUUUCCGGGAAUGUGUGAUAUAUGGUUUCAAAGCCACCAGAUAUUUCAUGUGUUUGUCAUUGCAGGUGCAAUUGUUCACUACCAUGGAAUUUCUGAAAUGGCAAUGUACAGAUUGACGUAUAUUGAUUGUGGAAAUCCAAUUUACGCAUAACUUGAAAAUAUUUAAAGGAUUUAUGUAAGGGUAGACAUAUUUAGUGUCUGCAUUAGAAAAUUCUAAGUUAAAGCAUGAAGACACUAAUUGUUUCCUGUUGUGUCGAUUGUUGUAUAAAUUUUAAUUCUAUAUUGACCAAAGAAAUUUGUUGAUGUUAAAAGAUGACUAAAAUUAAUGAAAUUAUUUCCAGAAAAUUUCAACUAAUAUCCAUUUAACAAUAACUUAGUAAGCUAUAUAUUCUUGGAUUUCUUUUUCAUUGUGUGGAAAAAAUAAUUCAAAUGAAAUAAAAUAAAAUUGUAUUAUUUUUUAAUAGACAUUAGUAAUUAUAAGUCAAGAGAGCUCUCUUGGAGGGCAUUUACUUGUGGUGCUAAAUGAAAUACAUUGGUAUCUGAUACUGAAUUUGCCAUCCAUGAAUGAAAAGUUCAAGUUGCUUAUGACAAUUCAUAUAUUUUACUUAUUUUAAAUCAUAUCCUUAUUAUUUGUGUAUCUAUGUGAUAGAUUCUAACAUCAAAAUACUUUAUUGAUACAGAUUUUGUAGAGAAUGUUGUGCCUUCUUCAUCUAAACAAUAUCAAUUUGUUUCAAUCCAUUUGUUUUAAUAGAGGCUAUAAUAUUUUAUGUCAAUGUUCCCUGGAUAAGCAAUAAAUUGUUGUGUCUAACUGAAAUAUUAAUUUUCUUCUUUUAUAAAAAAAUAAAAUUGCUCUUGUCUCAGAACAUAGUGAUAAGGGUUGAAAGAAAAUUAAAAUUUAGAAGUGGUAGGAUAGGUUAUUUUGUAUUUUGUUUUGAAGAUUGUUCAUGAACAUUUCUGUAACCUCUCUUUUCAUGUAGCAAGUAGUUUGAAAUGUUUUCAGAUUCAUUGAGCUGAUAAGUUUUAAUUUGAAAAGGAUAUUCAGGUCAAUUUCUCAAUUUAACCAAGAGAAGUUGACCUGGCUAGCAAAGUCUGAUGAGGUUGUACCAUCAUAACUUUCUCUGUCAAAUGAGUUGUGGGUUUGAACCCAGCUUUAGGCAUGGGUAUUUGAUGUGUCAAUGGCAGGGCUCUUCCAAACCCCAUGCAUCGUUAUUUCAACUGUUUUCCUUCUAUUCCUAGAGUUUUUACCCUCCUUGAUAAUCAGUCUAUAUACUGCUGAGAUGAGUCUCUGGAGGACUUCUUACAGUCCAAGUGAGAGAGGCCCAUUCUUCCUUGCCAUGAUAUGCACAUACUCAGUGUAAUGAACUAAGUGCGGCCUCUACCGCAAAACAUUUAUCCAAGCCCCCUUUAUAAAAGUGUAAAGCUAACACAAGUAGUGAUACUACCUUCAAUAAUACAAAUAUCCUCUAAAUACAGGCCCUCUUUUACUCGGGCUGACCUGCAUUGCAGACGUUGCGAGCCCAAAUGUUACGCCACUGCACAUACUGUCUCUGUGCCUUGGUUCAAAGGGACACAGGUCAAAUUUCACUUUGCACACUCUUUUGAAUUUUGAGGGUCUGAUAAGCCCAAUUCCAAGGAAGGUUUACCUCUGCAUUGUUUGAAGUAGGUUUGUGUUUAAUUUGGUAAAAAGGUUAAAAACGUCAGCUGGAAAAAAACAUUUAUGUUAACAAGGAAAAGAGAAAAGAAAAAAAAAAUAGCUUUGUAGGCAUGCAAUGGAAUUUGUCUGGUUAAU